UGACUGUAUCUCGGCCGACUGCACCAACUUUAGUCAUUGAUGAUGCUACUUUCCUGCAUUGUACAUUGUAGCAGUUUGCUGAGUAGACUAUCAGAGUUCUACACCGUAGAAAUUCAGAGCUCGUAAUUGAUGUAGUCAUCCAGCGGAGGUCCCGUACCAUCAUGGAAUGUGAUGCGCAACAGUAAAAUGAGGUGUAUGCACUUUUUAUCCGUGGGAUUCGACGCUUAUUCAAAUAAUACGACCAUUCCGUCUUACUAUAUAGACUCACUAUCUACCAUGCGUCUUUGGAGUUUACGAACCCGUUCCCCUUUGCCAUUGGUAUCGCUAUGGCCGUCUCAGCACGAAAAUGUUGGGGCGUCAUCAAGAGAAGUUUUGGCGAGGCAAAACACGACAUUUUUCGCAUUCCGCGACCUGGAAUUUAUGAGACGUUCUUCGUCGUUUGGAUUACGGGCCUUUUCACAGUUUUGAUAUUUCUCAGCCUUACUUUUACGAAUCCUAGUGCUUCGUUGUUGACGUACGAUAGCGCGUGCGUUUGGGGCGACCAAUUCUCUUUGGAUCCAAGCUUGUAUAACGCGUGGUAUAAAGAUGGCUUUUUCAAAAUCACUGUCUAUUUUGGAAAACUCAGUUUUGCCAAUGCAAAGUUGGUGGAUAUUGUCUGGGAUGUGGUAUGUGCUCCUUGCGCUCCCUUCGUGCUUCACGAUGCAAGUAUUGAAGGCGGAGUUACUCGCUGCGCUGCUCGAGCUAAUAUAUACAAGGCUAUUGGAAGGGGUGGCCAAGCUGUUAUGGCAUUUCUUAGUUGGAAAGCAUUCACGCUAUAUGUCACUACUAGUAUGGAGAGUACACCGGUCACUUAUAACUCUUUUCGGACCAUUUUCAUUCAAGACGCGCCAAGUAUACUCUCAGUGAUCCGAUUACUACACGACUUUUUAACAAAGAAGGGCCUGAAAUCCAGAUUCGCAAUGGCUUUUAUGAUGACGAGUAUGGUCUUUAUGCUCGCAUUCCCUACUCUAGCAAGUGCAAUGACUGGAUAUACUACAUAUUUCACGGCGCAAAUCAAGGAUUAUGAUCAGGACAGUAUCCCUUUUUACAAGUUCAAAUUGUUACUAUAUACCAUUCACGAUGGAGAUCGCGUUGGCCUCACCAAAGACUAUCCAGUAGUAAAUGAUGAAUACCUAGGUCAAGAUUUAGAGGACUGGGGUGGGACUCCUCGACAAUUGCAAAGCAACUUCAAUGUUCCGAAUGGUUCAUACUCCCAGGAGAUUCUGAUUGAGCCCCCGACUCUCAACAUCUCGAUCCAUCAUGGCAGGGGUUAUGGCGAUCAAGAUUCAACAUGGACGUGGAUCUAUGAUGGCAGGUUCUACUCCAAAGAUCAGAUCGAUGGAUCAUGCGCGCCCACCGAGGACUACGCCUGGGGUUUCUCUUUCAUGCAACUCUACAUCGUAUUGAUCCUAACGAUACUCUGGAGCAUCGGAACACUAGCUCUAUACAUCCGCGCAAAGACAACCCUACGCAGACGCGGCCGCUCCACAAUCGACGGACAAUACAAAGCCAUCCUCACCCUCGCAGAAACGAUAGAAAAACAACUCGAUCCCGACCGUCUGGAAACCGAACCUGAAAUCCACACCGCUAUCAAAGAUGCAGAAGGAGGCAGCAUUUCGUACCCGCAACCCGUCCUUACCGAAAUACACUCCUGGAUUUGGACGUGGCUUCGCCAAAAGGAUAUUCGCAUAUGUGUCUACUGCGGAGAGUAUACGUGGACGUGCGCGCACUAUGUGAGAUAUACUCGAGCUUGGGUAUACUCUAGAAGGUGGUGGCUGCUCGCGUUGCUUGUGGUUUUUAUCUUUAUAUGUACAGGGGAUCGUUGGGAGGAUUGGAAAGGUGGUGCAUACUACUACUACCGCUACACACGGGAGUACAUCUGGAUAUCGAGCUUGGUGGCGUUUUCGGGGAUUUUUGCCGCGAUGCUGAUUGGUACAACGACUGGGAGUCGCUUUGUUAUUACCCUGGUUCCUACGGCUAUAGCUUUACUUGCGGGAGUCCAUCUCCCUUUGUCUGAGCGUUGA